CGUCAUCGUAGAUUUAAACGUUCAAAUCGGCAGCUGAUUUCCGGUUGACUCGCUGCUGAAGACUGGGAACAUUAUAACAGGAAACAAUGUCAGCAUUCGCAGACCAUCUGAAGCUGAUGGUAAAAACCUUCAGAAGGGAGUCCCACAGGGUUUUACCGUCAGAGAGGACCACUGUCCACGGAGCCGACAGCAUGCUGAUGGUGCUACAGCUGGCCAUGGCUGAGGUCAACAAGCAGCAUCAGGGAGAGUUCAAGGUGGGUCUGAGCGACGUCCUGAUGGCGUGGAAACACCUUCUGCUGGACAAACUUCACCUGCUGCCCCCCGGCGCCCCUCGCCUGGAGAACUCUGAGCUCUUCCUGGAGGCGUACCAAUCUUUCCUGAAACGCUCCAACACUGUGGAUCUUACGGAUGUUCUGGCCAUGAACAAGGAGCUGAGAGCGGCGGGUUCGGAUCCGGAGGAACCUGUGAGCGCGAUCCAGCUGUUUGAGUUCCUGUCAGGUAACAUGGAAACCCCAGAUCUCCCAGAUUCAUCAGCUCCUUUAACGCCGUCUAGUCAGAGCAGGCGCUGCCACUCCCAGAUAAAAAUGGCAGUGAGGCGAGUUUUCUGCUCAUAUCUGAGUUUGCUGGUGAACUCUAGAAACGACAUGGCCUUGGCCCUCACCCUCAACGUUCCCUGUCGCUCUCUGGAACGGCAGGCAUUCACUGACAUCAAGCAUGCCGCCCGAGACCGCCAAACAUCUCUCUUCUUGGCUGUGACAUCUUUUGUAAGAGCAAUCCAGCUUGGAGGGAAGGGGUACGCACCAGCAGAGUCUGAUCCCCUCAGGAAGCAUAUCAAAGGCCUGUCCGACUAUGUCCAGUUCAUGGACAAUCUGGAGGAAAUACUGGGGGAAAUUCCUGACCCAAGUGAAUGUGGAGCCAGGCUGCUGGCCGCCAUCAGAGCAGCUCUGGUGAAAGGACGCAGUACUGAAGAUCCAACGUACGCUGCUGCAGACGAAACAACAAAAGAGCUAAAAGAGAGGAUUGUCCAGCUUCACCAGACCCAGAAACAAGCUGCUAAUGUGGAUGGGACGGGUAUAAGUCCUGCUAGGCCAAAAGCUUACGCAGUCAACCACGCCACUGCAUAUGGAGGGCGGGAAACGGUAAAGGUGCUAAUGGCGCUGCUUGACGAAGAAGCUGUGGCUCCGCUGUGUGGUAACAAGGCAGACCUGCUGACUGAAGACCAGCCGGUCCUCAGCGGAGCCGAGGGAACAUGUGUCCUCACGCUGUUCAGAUCCCCUGAAGUGUCCACUGGAUGUUCUCCAGAAUCCCUGAGGAACAGAGUCCAGAGCCGACUAAACCUGCUCAAGCCCAAGGCUACACAAAGGGUGAUCCGGUCCCAGUUUGCCUGCACAUAUAACGAUGAACCGCCGCUCAACCGAGUGCUGGACUUCCCAAGCACCAGCCAGAUGCCAACCUGUGUUCACCCAGCGCCAAAGCCAACAACCAGCCUAACUGUGGAAGACGGGUCCAACCCAGAUACAGAGGAUACAGCAGCCAAGCCUUCCAGUGAAUCCCGGAGAAAAGAGCGCUUUGAGGUACAGCGGGGGGUUGCUCCCGAGCAGAGGAGUGGAAAUGCUCAAAACGGAGGUGGAUGUCCAAGUAAUAAAAGGAAAACUGGCAUACAGAUGCAGAGCAAGGGUAAUAAGAGGAAGCAGCUGGAUUCUGAGCAGCACACCGAAUCAGAGAAUGAACCUCCGGAGAAGAAACAGCACACCCGUGUGUCAGUCAAAGUGCCCGGCAAAAACGUCUGCAAGGCUUCAAAUAAAAAGAAACUCAUAACUGGACAGGGAAAGCUUACCAGCUUCUUUAGAGUUUAGGCUUCUUUCACUGAUUUUAUGACAAAAUAUGAUUGUAAAUUUGCUUAAUUUGAGUCAGCUAAGUGGUUAAUUUUACCUAAACACAAAUUAUGAAACAUAUUUGUCCCUCUACAGGUUCCCUGACUUAUAUUUUGUCUACUUCUUCGUUUAAAAUUUUGUCCCUUUAAAAAAACUUUGUGAACAGGAUCUUUUUUUUUUUUGUGGUUCUUGGACAUUGAUAUGCAACAUAGCUUAGCCGCUACUUAGCUUGCCUACUCUAAACAAAGGGAAAAAAAUAACUAGAACUGGCUAAUGAGUUUUUCCUCAAAUAUGUAUUUCUACAAAUUGAGUGGUAAACGGGUUUUACGAAACAAUAAAAUGAUGAGUCUGUCCGACUAUAAUCUGAGCAAACUGAGAGAAACGGCUAACUACAAAUAGCAAACUGGCCACUAGCAAAACUUUUAUGCUUAACAAAUUUACACAAAUGUCUUAUUGUCUAGCUAAAUCAAAGAUGGGCCAAGCAAUAAAGUACCUAAAGCAGAGCAAAACCAAUUAUGACAAUGUAAAAAUACUUAGCAUAAGCGAAAGCUGGCAGGAAGUGCUGACUAACUAGCUAGCUAGAAAUGGCUAACUAAACACUAGCAAUAAAUUUUAAAAGGUCUUUCUACUAAUUAAAUUGUAUAAACAUGUCAGAUGUUUUAGAUUUUUUCCUUUUGGAACAUAACUUGAGAUGUCUGACUGUAGCAUAUUGAUGAGGUAAGGUUAACAUUAAUCCCUUUUGCUAAAGACGCUAACCAAAAACAGAUUUCUAGCCUUUGGCUACAGAUUUGGAUGUUUUCCUAGUAACAAAGGUGCCAAAUGUUAGCCAUGUGUGCCUUUCAAUUAAGACGUUGUCAAGACGCAAAAACGGCUAACAACGCUUUUUAGCUAGCAGUUUUUAGCUCAACAACCUUAACACUUUGUUUUAUUUCCCAAGCUCUUGGUCAACUUUAUGUACUUUGACAUAUUUCCAAAUAUGUGUUAGCUUUUGGAUUUGAAAAUAGUGCUUGAUCCAAUUAACAAAUAGGUGCGUUUUUUAAAAUGCAAUUACAUUUAAAGGGCAACAUAGCUUUUUUUCCCCCAAAGUUAAAUUCUCAUUUUUAAACUUGAAUUGUGUGAGGAAGGAAAAUCAAACUUGGAAUCCAUAUUUGAUCAUUGCACUUUAUUUCUAAAUUAUCUGCAUACAUGUCAACAGAAAUGCAUUUAAUUACUACAUAUGAAGUUUGAACUUUUACUACAUACAAUUCCAAUACAUGCUUCCAUUUAAUAAACUGUUCUGUUGAUGUUUUA